AAAGUAGUACCGAUAAUCUGACUAUCCUUUUCACUAUAAUUAGUUUUGAUCUGAUUACAUAGACUUUUUUGGAUAAACCCAGAAAUCAAGGACUUUCAAACAAGGGUAUUCCAUCACGCAAUUGGAGGAAGCUGUGCCUAGAGGUUCCUUCAAUUCCCCACGUGGAGUCGGUCCUUUCUUAAUAUUAUCCGUCAACUUUAGAAUACGUGGUAACAUGAACGAGAAAAAGUCUAACCACUUUGCGUUGACAACUCUAUAUAAUAGCGUCAUUCAUCUUUAGCUUAAGCACCCCAACAAACUUUGGCCAAUGGCUUCUCUUCCCUCACCGGCUGCUGCCGCCGCCACCGGCACCACCACCUCCUCCUUCUCUUCCUCUGCUGCCAUCUCCUCAUCCGCUCCGUUCUUACACAAACGUGCCCUGGUCUCCUUUUACUCGAAGCCUAGGAAACCCUCCGCACGGCGAUCAACCAUUUCAUGCAAGGCCCCGAGCAACGACGACUCUGAACAAAAUCCUCUGUCGGCGAAGUUCGACAGGAGGAAUGUCCUCAUUGGCCUUGGUGGCUUCUAUGGGGCGGUCGGGCUUAGAUCCGACCCGUUUGCGCUUGCGGACCCGAUAUCUGCCCCAGACCUUACCAAGUGUGGCAAGGCCGACUUGCCAGCCGGCGUGAAGGCCACCAAUUGUUGCCCACCGCCCACCACCAAGAUCCUAGACUUCAAGCUCCCAUCCUCAAACUCGCCCCUGCGCGUGAGGCCGGCUGCUCACUUGGCCGAUAAGGACUACAUCGCCAAAUAUGCCAAGGCCAUCGAGCUCAUGAAGGCCUUACCGGCCGAUGACCCGCGUAGCUUCAUGCAACAAGCCAAUGUGCAUUGCGCCUAUUGCGACGGGGCCCAUCACCAAGUCGGGUUUCCGAACCUGGAACUUCAGGUCCACAACUCUUGGCUAUUCUUCCCAUUCCACCGUUACUAUCUCUACUUUUAUGAGAAGAUCUUGGGGAGCUUGAUCGGAGACCCGACCUUCGCAUUGCCCUAUUGGAACUGGGAUGCGCCCGACGGCAUGAAGAUGCCCGCCUUGUUCGCUGACCCAAAAUCACCGCUCUAUGAUGCCAACCGAAACCCGAAGCAUGCACCACCUAUGCUCGUGGAUCUUGACUACAAUGGCGAGGACCCGACCACGUCGAAUCAGGACCAGUUGUCCAGCAACCUAACCAUCAUGUACAGGCAAAUGGUGUCAAACGGGAAGUCGGCAAAACUCUUCCUCGGCAGUGACUACCGGGCGGGCGAUGAUGCGGAUCCGGGGGCCGGGUCGCUGGAGAACAUCCCGCACGGACCGGUCCACGUUUGGUGCGGUGACAACAGGCAGCCCAACCUGGAGGACAUGGGUAAUUUCUACUCCGCUGCCCGAGACCCGAUCUUCUUUUCCCACCACUCCAAUGUCGACCGCAUGUGGACCGUGUGGAAAACCCUAGGAGGCUCGAGGAGGAUCGACUUCACGGACCCAGACUGGCUCAAUGCCGCCUUCCUGUUCUACGACGAGAACGCGCAGGCUGUGCGUGUGAAGGUUAAAGAUUGCCUAGAAACCACUAAUUUAGGUUAUGUGUACCAAGAUGUUGACAUUCCAUGGCUAAAAUCUAAGCCAACCCCACGCAAAACAGCCAAAAAGGUGGCCAAGGCCUUUGGGAAAGUUGCUCAUGCCGCGGAGAUACCGCGGCCUAUCGUCCAGUUCCCUGUUAAACUAGACAAAGUUGUGAGAACUCUGGUGAAGAGGCCGAAGCAAAAGAGGAGCAAGAAAGAGAAGGAGGAGGAAGAGGAGGUGUUGGUGAUCGAAGGGAUCGAGUUCGAGAGGGACGCAUUCGUGAAGUUCGACGUCUACAUCAACGACGAGCACGACUCCCUCAGCAGCCCCGACCAGACCGAGUUUGCGGGCAGCUUCGUGAACGUGCCGCACAAGCACAAGCACCACAAGAAGAUGAAGACCAGGCUGAGGCUGGGGAUUACGGACUUGUUAGAGGACCUGGUGUGCGAGGACGACGAUGAGAUCUUGGUGACUUUGGCCCCGAAGUAUGCCGGCGAACAGGUCACCGUCGGCAACAUUAAGAUUGAAUUCGUCGACUGAAGUUGACGGCGGCGGCGUUCUUUUGUCAUGUUUCUCCUAUUUCGAGUCUGAAGAUUACUGGUCAAAUCCUUCUGGUUAACUUACGUGUAAACUUUUCGUUUUCUUUCCUCACGACUUUUCUCCCCUCUGUUAGUUUCCGCAUCAUGCGCGUUUGAAUAAAAUGUCUCGCUGCGUUGCACGUGGUAGGCUCUUGUAAACCCUAAAUGGCUUCGAUUAAUUUAAUUUAAAGGUACAGUUGUAGUUUUAUUUAA